AUUAAUCAUGAGGAACGUGUGUCGAUUAUCGCUCGCGUUAGCGUCAACCUGUUAGUGAGUCAAUAGACGUUUCGACUACGUUAUUUUGACAUCGAGGCAGGCGUGUUGCGAGUGUUUACGCAAUAAAGAGACACACGAAGCAAGAAAGAGAGAGAGGAGAUAUCAAAUAAUCCGCACACUUGCGCUUGCUUUGAUUGAUGACCGGACAAUUGCGGUUGUCGUGAAUGAAGAUUAUGUUUACCCGAGAGACAGGCGAAAUAACAAUCGGAGUCUGUGUACAGUAAGCAAGAAUGUGAUUAUAAACGAGAACGGAAUACAUACACAUAGUUUUGGAGGACAGCUGCGUCAGGAGAGUGGUACACAACAGUGGUGUUCUAUUAAUAACAUGCGUCACGGUGGCACGCAGCAGUUAUUGGGAGGCGGAAAAAUCAUCCCAUCACGGAUAAUUUAGUAUAGGUUUCGUACAAGUGACAGCGGUGACGAUGCGUCGUUGGAUUACCGUGCCGUUAGUGUAGUCAUAAUUGGAUUAAAGGUUUUAAGUGUUUAUUUCACAUGUUCUGCUAGCUGCUACACACAGAAAAUUGACGACAACAAGAGUGUUGGACUGAACCUUAGAUUAUUAGUGCCAUUUCUAUAUCGCGAUACAUUGUUACAACUGUUGAAGGUUGCUGCGUUUUUUUUUAUAGCAUGAUGUUAUGUUUCACCGUCGAAGCCUACUGAGAAGAGGAAGAGUGAUGGAAGCGCCGAACCGAAGCUUUUUAGGAAGAUAGUGUUAAUUAUAUUUGUUUUAAAUUACGUUUGCCGUCAUAAUUGCUGCUGAGCUGUCAUCAAUCUACGGGCCCUGUACCUACUAGUCUUUAGUCGUCUGAAUGAAGUCGGCGGAAAAGGUACUCGCUGAUAACACAUAAAGUGCGCUAAGGUCAGCAGAAAAAGAAGAUACGCUAAGUCUGCUGGAUGGCAGCGUGCGUUCGUUGAUGCGUAGGUGAAGUGGAAAAAUGGUGGUUAUUUUGUUGAUUCAUUGAUUUAGUAGAAUAUCACACAAGUUGAUCGCUGUGCAAACAGAUCGAAGUGAAAACAAUUUUGCAAAUCGUGACUCAGUGUUCCGUUUUCAGUCAUAUUGACUGUUACAACAAUAAUAGCAGUGUCAUAUUCAUCACAGCGCCUUCUAGUGCUAGGUAUCCGUAUCGAGAACCACCAGCGAAAAGUCCACGUGGGCAAUGAGAAAAUUUUGAAAGUACACAAAAACAUCUUGCUGUUUUUCAAUCCGGGCUAUCUGUGCAAGUAUCAUCGUGAAGUAUCUAUUAGCGCCUGCUGUGGUUUUCAUUCACUGUAAACACAAAGUACGAAACGAAAGCGGGAAAAUCCUCGGAAACACAAGCGCCAGUCAUCGCGCAAGUGGAAUUAUUUUUACAUCGCUUUUCUUUUCUUUUGUGGUGGCGGCGUGGUUUUGCAUUAAAAAGGCCCCUCCCCGGUCAACCAACAGCAGCAAUCAUCACAAGGGACAACUCGCACCGAGCGCCUCGAUUGACAACUACAUCGCAUGCAUUCAUUGCACGGUACCGACAACAAGUACAACCGUGUGCACGGCGGCCAUCAGCGUUGCACUCGAGGAGAAAUUGCAAAAAUAAGGCCAACGGCCAGCCCUGUAGUACAACCGGCCGUUGCAGUAGGACAACACGUUUCGAAACAGCGUGACGGCGGUGGCGGCGACGGCACCGUGACUGUCAUCCUCUGCGAUCAACGGUUUGCUGUAAAGUUGUACAUAACCUAGAAACAUUGCACAUUUCCAUAUAUCUCCGAGUACUGCACCACAGCGACGGCGGACAGCAUGUAAACGAUUCGCGCGAUCUCGGUCUGAAUGUUGAUGCGCGCGUGAAUCUGUUUUCACGGCGGCUGACUGGGGUCAUAUUAGGAGUAGAUGAUUAAUAAUUUAUGGUACAAACAAACCGCCAUCAGUGUCGGAGCGUUCGAUGAAGUCCAAAGUUCAAACUAGCAUAAGACAAAACGCUCCCUCGCUGGGACGAUGGGGUCGUUCGACGACGGUUCCCUCCAAUCCAAUAAGUAUACCAGGAGGAGGCGGUGGCAGUCCCGAAUACUUCAGCGGGGGAUCAAGCCCACCGUACGGUCCGAACUCACCGCCACCAAUUCCACCACGGCCCGUAUUGCGCCAGUCCAGUUUUACCAAGAUUGGCUACAUGAUCAACACGGCGGUCAAUGGGACCAAGAAGCAGUUUAUCAGUAGCAGUAAUGCGGGCAAUGGCGAUACAUCCUGGUGCUUCUCACAGAUAAAGGGUGCCCUCGAUGACGAUGUAACGGACGCGGACAUCAUCUCCUGUGUGGAAUUCAACCACGAUGGCGAGCUGCUGGCCACUGGCGACAAAGGUGGCCGAGUUGUCAUAUUUCAGAGAGAUCCUGCCUCAAAAUCGUCUACACCGCGGCGCGGCGAAUACAACGUCUACUCCACCUUCCAGUCACACGAGCCCGAGUUUGACUAUCUCAAAUCGCUAGAAAUAGAGGAAAAGAUCAACAAGAUCCGAUGGCUGCGGCGCAAGAACCAGUCCCACUUUCUGCUGUCGACCAACGACAAGACGAUAAAGCUGUGGAAGGUGUCGGAGCGGGACAAACGGGUAGAGGGUUACAACACGCGGGAGGACAACGGCAGCAUACGUGAUCCGACGAUGAUCAGCUCGCUGCGGGUGCCAUCGAUAAAGCCAAUGGAUCUGAUGGUGGAGGCAUCACCCCGUCGGAUCUUUGCCAAUGCUCAUACCUACCACAUCAACUCGAUAUCGGUUAACUCGGAUCAGGAGACGUACCUGUCGGCGGAUGAUCUCCGGCUUAAUCUGUGGCACCUGGAGAUCACCGAUCAGAGCUUCAACAUUGUCGACAUCAAACCGGCCAACAUGGAGGAACUGACGGAGGUUAUCACGGCGGCCGAGUUCCAUCCGACCGAGUGCAACGUGUUCGUCUACUCGAGCAGCAAGGGUACAAUUAGGUUAUGUGAUAUGCGCUCGUCGGCGCUAUGCGAUCGGCACGCGAAGUUGUUCGAGGAACCGGAGGACGUUGACAUCACCAACAAGAGCUUUUUCCGCGAGAUUAUCAGCUCGAUCAGUGAUGUAAAGCUCAGCAACACCGGCCGGUACAUGAUUUCCCGAGAUUAUCUGAGUAUUAAGGUGUGGGAUCUGCACAUGGAGACGAAGCCGAUCGAGACGUAUCCGGUGCACGAAUAUCUGCGCACCAAGCUGUGCUCACUGUACGAGAACGACUGCAUCUUCGACAAGUUCGAGUGCUGCUGGAACGGCAACGACAGCUCGAUCAUGACCGGCAGCUACAACAACUUCUUCCGGGUGUUCGACCGCAACAGCAAGAAGGACGUUACGCUGGAGGCCUCGCGGGACAUCAUCAAGCCGAAAACGGUGCUGAAGCCGCGCAAGGUGUGCACCGGUGGCAAGCGGAAAAAGGACGAAAUCAGCGUGGACUGUUUGGAUUUCAACAAGAAGAUCCUGCACACCGCCUGGCAUCCGCUCGAGAACAUCAUUGCCGUCGCCGCUACCAAUAAUCUAUUUAUAUUUCAGGAUAAGUUUUAGCUAAUAGUAAGCGUAGUAGUAAAAAUCAAUUAUAAAUGUUUAGGUUGAAAACACGAGCGAAUGAAAGGAAUCAAGGGGGAGGAAGAGAGAGAGAGAGAGAGAUAGGGAGGGAACAGAUUGAAUUCAUGAUAAACAAAAACCGUAACAUAGCUACAAGAAUCAAGUGGUACAUUUCAAUAAAGAAAUGCAGCAACCGAAUGAUGAAGAGAAUAAAAAUGAAUGGAAAUAAUUAUGAAAUUAAAAACAACAAAACAAUGUGAAAGCUUUUAUAAUAUACCAUACCUAGAGAGAAACACACAGGAAUACAAAACACACACACACAGCUGAAUAAAAGAAAAAGGAAAGUAUGAAACAAACAAAAACAAAUAUUAUUACUAUUAUCCUUAAUUAUCUAACGAAGUAAUAAUAAUAAUAAUAUUAAUAACAGCAGACAAGCGAACAACAGUGCCGGUGUGGGUGCGUUUGUUUGUGGCAUGUGAACCGUGUGCGUGAGUGCGCGCGGUAUUCAACGAACAGAAGAAAGAGCAAGUGUGUGGCCGCGUGUAUGUGCGUGCGUGUACGCGUGAAACAGCCGAAAGUCUUGAAAGGUAAAACAUGAAUAAUAACAAGUGGAAGCAGCAGCCGAAGCGAUUGCGAUUAUUAUCGAUUACUUGAUAGUUUAGACUUAAAUUUGACCAUCAGCCAGCAUCCGUCAUCUUCGUAAAAAUCAUCAUCAGACGCAGCAGCAAAAAGCAAGCUACAUCAUCUAUAGUUUUUAUUAAUUAAUUCGUAUCAAUUAUAGACAGUGAGACAGAAAGACGUCGGGGUGGAAAGAAGAAGAUAAAAAUAUUAGGAAAAAAUAACAAAAAAUAAUUGCUAAAACAAUAGGCUAGAGCUAAGCGAGUAAACUGAUGGAAACCGAAACAUGCCAAGUGACAGGAAAGUAUAAACGGGAAAAUUCCUAAUCAAAAGCAGUAACAACAACCGGAUUUGGUCGAAGGGGUUCUCGAGAAAGGCAACUCCAAAGGCAAAAAAAAAAAUGCAGAACAAUUAUACAUCAACUUGUUGCACUCAUUAUUAACUGAAGACGAAGAGAAAAA